AUGAAAAAAAAUUGUCCAAGGAAAUGCGGCUACUGCAGUAAGUAUCCGAAAUGUUAAACUUUCAAGACAUGAUGUGUGAUCUUACUCGUCCCAGUCCUCUUUGUAUUUGUAUUUGUAUUUUAUUUUUACUCCAUCCUUUAGAUAAUACCUUGGUUGUACAAUAUCAAUUAGUACAAGGUUGAUUAAACUACGUGUACAUAAUAAAAAAAGAAAGUUAGAAUGGAGAAAGGCACAUUAUAGAAAACUAAUUAUGGCCCUUUAACAGGAUUGACUUUACUCUUAUAUAGCUUUGUUAUUCAUUAUAACACAAACACGCACGCAUUUUCUUUGCGCGUAACGCAGAGCGGGAGCAGGGGUGACCGCGGCCACCAGGGAGAGAUAACAAGGAACGACUGGGGACGAGUCAGGACACGUGAUAUUAGAGAAUUAACGAAACAGGCGGUCGCGGAGAAAAUCGGCUUCCGUGGGGCACGAAAAAGGAACCUGAGUAAUUUUUUUCCAAAUUUACAACAACAAAAAAAUAGUAUUGUGGAUUUCAAAGGAAAAGAAUGGGAGCUCGCCGUCACAAGCGUCAACAUAACAGCGGCUGUUAUGGCUACGUUUGUGACCAUUGAACCACGAAUCUCAAACGCGUUGUCAUUAAACAAUUGCAACGUACUUUCUCCCGUUGUGGGCGGUGCUCACCAGCAAUAGCCGCAUGAGUACAAAAUUUCUAGAUAUACUCGUCUUGUUGUUGUAACUUUAUUGAUGCUGAAACUUCAAGAGCGAAUGUUGUGGAAACACUCAGCCUUAUACGGGUAUCUAUCGGUUAGGCUUAAUAGAAAAAAAAAAGUAGCGCGACUAAAUGUUAAACUCAGCGCGCACAACAAUCCUGAGAAACUGAUUGCACUCUAUAUGCGGAGGUUCUAUGCAGAGUUACUUGUUUGAUUUUAAAGACGGUGGUUAACUACCGUGAAUAUCGGUCAGCGGUCAGCGAGAAAGAUGAGGUAGGUACUUCGUAUAUAAGUACCUACCAAAGAUGGCGGUAAUUUUUGAGCUUCGUUAAAUUUACAGUGAAUUUAGCUCAUCAAAGCCGCGGUUUCCUCUUGUUUUCUUCUUUUUUCGUGUUUCAUAUUGUCCUAAUUCAUCUGCAUACCAUUAUGGGUCUAAUGACAGAAGAAUCGAGUCAAGAAUUUGUGCUUCAGUUUUCUUGCUGACCUGUAAUUUAAUUUUAUUUAAUGCUGAUGUCAACUGGCUGCCUGGCUCCGCUAGCCCCCGUGGUUAUUCCAGGCAGCCAGUACUCUAGUUUUUACUUUUAAUAUUUCCGUUGUCGUAAUUUAUUUUGAGCAAGAGUGAGUCCAAAUAAGGAUUAUUGUGGUUGUUCGUGAAUGUAUUUUUCUCUUUAGUUAUAAUAUUUUCUAUUAAUUUAAAUUGUCUUUUUAAAUUCAUGAUUUUUAAGGUGGUCCAACCGAACCGCCAGGUGAGUGUUUUCCUAAUGCAUGCUAUAAUAAAUACAGUCGACUCCCGAUAACUCGAACCCUCGCUAACUCGAACCAAAAUCGAUUUCCCCUGGAUUUCCGUCAUACAUUCACUGUAAUUUUACCCUCGGUAACUCGACCCUCGAUAACUCGAACUCCCGCUAACUCGAACCAAUUUUCGUUUCCCCUCAGGUCAUUUUCUAUAUAAUUUUACCCUCGAUAACUCGAACCAUGUUUUGAUCCCGACCACGAAGAUAAAAAAAAAAACGUCCAAACAGACUUUCCGACAGAUCGAGAUCUCAGACGCUUUCAAGACAAAAAUUGGUAGUUGCCCUGUGCGAGCAACAAUUAAAAAAAAACACUUCACUUCCGUUUGACGUGCGUCAAUCAAAAAUGCCUUUUUUUCUGUUUUCAUAAUAAAUUGCAAAUUUCACUUCAUGUCUCGUUUCAUUUUCACACGAAGUGACUUCAAUCUAGAGUUUGUAGAACAGAAGAACGGUUUGAAAGUCUAUCGGUGUCCCCUCUUCAAACUGAGCUGUAAGCCCCUGAAAUGAUCCCGACUCCGAAAUGAUCUCCAUUUCUCAUCACGUCGUCCCCGAAAUGAUCCCCAAACGGGAAUGAUAUCCUAAAACUAUGGAUCGAGCCAGAUCGAGCACAAUGCACAACAUUAAUUUAAGUUUCACUAAUAAUCUUCACUUGCCCGCAUUCGUUAAUGACAUUAAUUUGGGAUUACAAUUUGAACUGGAUUAAACAAAAAUAUUAUUUAAUACACAAAGUUUAGUAUAUUUUUGGUAACACCAUGAACCGCUACUGAUAACAUCAAGAAACAUGACAUUUUCUAUUAUUAAUAAUUUUAAUACUUAGGCCAUUAUAGCCCGGGCUAUGUUAAAACUGCAUGCCUUGGAUAAUGAAUGAAUUUUCAAAAUGACGUUUUAACACUUUUUAAAAUUUCAAAAUGAUGUUGAAGAUGAAAAAAGUAGACUUAAAGGCCAUUAGAUAACAAAAGCGCUAAGAAAUCACAUAAACCGUGGUGAAAUAUUAAAUGCGAUUAAAGAACGUAAACUCUGCAACAGACUUGCAAUAAUUUCGUGACGUAAUACCAUUCCAUUCCAAGAAUUAAAUGGGGAUCAUUUCGGGGUCGACGUGAAGAGAAAUGAGGAUCAUUUCGGGGUCGAUUUGGGGAUCAUUUCAGGGGCUGUACAGACACUUUUCUGCAAUUUAAUUCUCUUGAAGCAAUUCGAUCGCCAAAAUUAUCGCUACCCAUCCUUCUACUAUCUUGCAGAUUAGAUUAAAAGAUAUACAGCAGUGUUAAAAUUAACUUUCUUUUGUUUUAAAAUUUUACUGAUUAUCUUCCAUCUCCUAAUGUAGUGUGUGCAGACAAAUCCAGUCAUUGCAGCGGCUGGAAAGACUCUGGGUAUUGCAAACAGUCUAGUCAAUGGCACAACUACAUGAAAGCCAACUGCGCAAAGACCUGUGAUUGUUGUGGUGGCAGUUGUGGUGGUGGUGGAGGUGGUGGUGGAGUCUGCAGUGGUAAGUAAACGAAAAUCGUUUUAUAGUCAAGUUAUCUUCAAUCCUACGAACCCUACGAACCCGGUUGGCUCAAGGUAUGGUAUCUAAAUUCAGCCAGGAGACCUUAAAACCUGCUGAUUUAAUAUAUAUCUUUUAGAGCGGUUUUCAUUUGAGUGUCGAAAAGUAAUUGGUUUUGCACUUUCUACACGAUGCGAUUGGCUUAAAAGAUUCGCGCCACCUUUUCAUCCAAUCAGAAGUAAAACCAAAGCCAAUUGUGACGCGCUCGCAUGCAUUUUCCCGCGCUUUGCGUCAGCCACAUGUAAUUACUUCGAGUUUUGAUUGGUUCAAUGUAUUGUCUGUGUCCUAUGUGAUUGGCCAGAGUAAUUACUUUGGUUUUGGUUUUACGACACUCAAACGAAAACCACUCUAAACAUUUUAAUGGUUAUGUAGUGGUUUCAUGGCGUUAUGUUUAAAAAAAUUUAACGCCGUGACUCAUAGUCGAAAUGACUCAUCACUUUUCUGUUAAAGAGACACCCUGUAAGCACUGUGGAACUAAAAAGCGUGCUCCAUCUCUAAAUUAUUUACGAACCAGACUAACCCAUUUUAAUACUCUGAACACAGACGUAUUUUCGGUUGCCGGAAGCUACAACAGGAAAUACGCCUGCGUAGCUGGUGAUUUUACGUGCUAUGACCUUAAUCGCUCUUAAAUUAUGACUGAACAUUCUGGAUCGGAAUCAUCCCCUCGCUGAAGUGCCGGGGUUUUUCAUAUGUCUUUGCUCUGUAUUCUCGAUGAAAUCUCCGAGCUUCACUUACUGACCAAAAGUAUGCAGUUAAACAUGUUGGCGUUUACAAAACGAUCACUUCGCGAAAGUAAAAAAUGAAAAAUAAUUACGUUACUGACGAUCCAGGGGCAUCCAACGCCAAUUUUCGGAAAACAUCUGUUCGGAAAACGAUUUGAGAUUUAGAAUUUUCGGAACAUUUUCGAAACAUUUCUUGCUUGCCUGCCUCUCCUAGGAUUUUCGAACAUCUAAAAUAUGGUAUUAUUGCCCAUUUUUAAGGCAUUUUUAACUUAAAAAGGUCACCUAGAAUUUUCGGGAGCCUUUUUUCUGGCUGAAAUUUUCGAAAAAGUACGUUUUGAUCCCUAUAAUUUACGGAUCACUAGAGUUUCAGCUAGGAAAUCCGAACAGAUGAAAAAUUUUAAGGGGAUAAGAAUAUGCCUAGAUCUACUGUUAAAAUACUAAAAUACGUUUAACAAUACUAUUUUUAAGUGUUUUUGAACUAUAUUCUCGUUGGGUGCCCCUGACGAUCUACCGCCUCAUUUACCAAGAUUGAUAGAUCUUUCAAAUAAAAAAAAUUGCGAGAUUAACAACUGCUCUGUGAUUUCUCUCUCUUUCUCUUUCUAGUGAGUGGUGCAAGCUCCCACGUAAAGGCCUGUUCAUUUGACACUGAUACGUGUGACUGGCAUAAUGUACCUUUUGAUGAUGAUACAGACUUUGUUGUGCGCAGCCGCAGUACAGGAGGGCCGAGCAGUGGAGCGGGAGGUAGUGGUAAGUUGGGAACUAAUGUGAUUAUAUUUCAUAUUGCAUAGUUAAUGUACUAAAAAUUUGGAACGCACAUGGCGGGACGCCACUUAAAGGCGAGAUAUAUGAAUAGUAAUUUUUUCUUGCGCUGUGAUUGGCUAUACGAGAGAGUGAAAUAGAGUUGAAAUAGAGUGAAAUAGAGUUUACUUUGUCCGCUGGGAAUAGACCUUUCACACAUUCCGCUCUAGUGAGCAAACAUGAACAAGGAAAUGAGAUCGAGGCUCCUACGAUAGACAAUUUCAUAAAAAACGCUGUAUUUUUUCCGCCCAAGCCUUGACUUGGUAACUUUGUAUAUAGAAAUGCAGAAAAAGUCUAUUGACGCUAUUUUCACACAAGAAAAAGUGUAAUCUCUUUCGCCGCAUAAUAAGGGUGCCUGGAUAUUGGCCUCGCUUAUUUAGGCUGGUAUUCACCCUUUUUUUAUUUGCUUUUUCUAAUUUUUUGUGUGUGUAACGUUCCAGAGUUUCUCGCUUAAGUAACAAGAUAUUCACCUACUGUAACCACGCAAUAUUCAGUGGUGGAUUUAGAGAUAUGGUUCAAUUUCCCGUUCCCCAAAAUUAUAUUCGUCAGGAAAGUUUAAUACUUAAUCGAUCUAAUGAAAUUCAGACAAAGCUAUUUUAUCAGUUAAUCCAAGAAAGCAACUCUGGGUUCUUUAGGAACGUCACAUGUACUGCGCCUAUCACUAUAGUAAGCGUCUAAUUCGUAAUGGCGUGGAACAACCUUGUCUUUAGGGCAUUUGUCCAUUUUUUGAAUUUUGAAGGAUGAGCAAGACCUUUUUUUCAACUAGGAAAGUUUAUUGUCCUUGAGGGCAAUGGCAAAGCCCAAUUGAUGAUCCCCUUCGAACUGGUAUUAGCCAGCCAUGACAGUGACCAUGGCAAGAUGUGCAUUAGGUUUAACUACUACAUGAAUAGGUAAGUCAUUAGUAUCUUUUCCCUUUGUUAUCUAAGCAGCUGGUACCAUUCUUAAACAUUGUGUUAGUGUCGUAAUUUGCUGGCUCGACUUGAAAUACUACAGUCCAACGUUUGCAAAAACUCGAUAAUUUAUGAUAACAGAACCUCCUCAUGAUAACAUUAAUUUAUGAUAAUUUAGAAACUGAAUUGAGUUCAACCAUAGUUAAUAGAGUGGAAUGGUUAUGAAGCCCGUCAGACUCAUUUGUUAAAUGUUUUUGUAGCUUUGUGGACUUCACGGUGUACAAAGUUAAAUGGCAUUCCUAUCUUUUGAUCUUAAUGGCCAAUAAAAAAGUCGAAAAUAUGUGGCAAGCCUUCGAUACGAAGAUAAUGUUUUAUUCUCAUGCAAAUAAUAAUAAAUAUGAAAUAUAAAAAAAUAAAUUUUAAUUUUCACCACGAAAGAGCUUUUGCACUUGGUCUCAUUUCAAAACCUAAAGGGUCGAUUAUUUAAAGGAGGUCUAACUUAGUCCGCGGUUUACGAAAUCGUUGGACCUCCUGAUCUCUUUUUUGGUGGGUUAUUUUAAAAAGAUAAAUGUUUUUCUAGUCUACACUUUAUGCUUUCAUGAAACUGUUCACGAUAAAUUGUGUUUAGAUAAAAGCGUUGAGCAAACUGAAAAUGGUUUAGAACGGGUUUUGUUAAACACUGGCUAAACUCUGUUUAUAUAACAAGCCCAAAGUUUUUAAAACUCGCAAAUGUCCAAAGGAAAAGUUUUACAGUGCUUACUCAUUUCUCUGGCUGGUUUCUGUUUUUUUUAUGGGGCAGGGUCGUUAGCUCUACGCCAGACUUUCAAAAUGGAGGACCAGAGAGUUUCUCUUUGUCGUUUAGCAUUAGAUAACAUAGGGUGAAGCCAUAUUGGACACCUUAUGAGGUUUACACAACGCAUUAUUCUCUCAACGUAACGAGAACAGAACCCCACUAACCUUGUAGAAUUGCUAAACAAACAAACAAACAAACAAACAAACAAAGACUGUGCCGCGCCAGUUAUGGAGAGAGCACACUGGAGAGUUAAGCAAUAAUCUGUAGUGAUUAAGGUUAAGCACUAAACUGCGACGGUUAGCUUUCAAAUGUUGUAAUGGGAUACGGCAUACUUAAAACUUCCGGGAUUUUGCAGCUAUUCCUAGAUGGUGUAGUGGAUAUGGAUGUAGGUUAUGAUGCAAAUGGCUCGGGCUCAAAGCAUCCCAGUUCUGUUUAUCUAUCUUAUUUCAUACUUUCACAGUUAAGUUGGAAUUAAGUUGUUCUUCGUAUAAUUUUAGUGAAAGAAACGACCUGGCUUCAGCCGAUGUUACCUUAUGUUAACCCUCUUUGUCUGGUCUUUUCCCUUCGACCUUUUCGGCAUGGGUGGCCCUACCAGGAGUACAAGACUCCAGACAUAGCUUAAGGAGUCACACUGAGACACGCAAACUGCCCCACCACGUCAAGGUUGUGACCCCUUUUGUAGCAUGGCCUUAUGCGACUACUGGCGCGACAAUGAUUAUGAUGAUGAUGAUGAUGGUUUAAUCCCAAUUGUGUGCCAGAGAGCGGGGACGAUAAAAUUCUCCUAAUUGUUUAGUGAUCUACAAUAUUCAUCCGUAGGCGCAGGUCCUAGAGAAGAAUGAAGACGUGGGAAGAUAUGCAGAUAUAUGCAGUAUCACCAUGUUGUUACACAAAAAUUCAUUAUGAGUCAACUAUUGUGAUGAUGAUAAUUCCCGGUUUGCACUGUCACGCAAUGAAAAAUAAAAAUGCAAACCAUUGAAUACAGAACGUCUAGAAUCUGGGAAAUAAAAGGAAAUAAUUAUACAAAAAGCCUUGCCAAAAAUCAGGUCUGUGCAAUAUUUCAAAUGCGAGAUAUUCCGAAAAACGGUUUACCUAAAUUUAUAAAGCUUUGUAUGGAAACGCCAUGUUGGUGGGACAUCAAUGUGGCCUCCGGAUACCAACAGAAACUUCUGUUUUCGAGUUUUCCUACUAAUGGGUGAAUUCUUCGCUUGAUGAACUCAUAAAGAUUAAAGUAAUAUUUAUUCCGAGACAAGGAAUGUUGAGACAGCAAAAUCUCUCAAAAUCAAUAGUGCUUUUAACCCACAUAUAUAAGGGCUCUCCUGGCCGUCAGCUAGAUGCCGCGUCACGCAAAAGCCUGGAAAUUCAAGCGUCCUCUCUCGCAAAACGAAGAACCCUUUCGAACUUAAAAUUUGUUUAUAUAAAGGUGUUUAGGUGUUGCAAUACCUCGUGAAAGUAGAAACUCAGAAGAAUCGAUAGUGCAAACCAAGAACAAUGAUGAUGAUUUUGUUUAUUGAUCCGCAGUGGUACACUGGCGCUGUAUUCUGUCAAUAAUCGUCGGGGUUCACCAAGAACCAAACUUAAACAAAUGAGCAACUCUGGAUCACAGUGGAAAUGUGAGAAAGUACAAGUAGAUGUCAGCGUACGCUGGCAGGUAGGAGAAAUGAUGAUAUUGAUAAUGGCAGACAUUUUCGUCUGGCAAUUUCUAGUAAAGAGUAGAUUAUAGACAUUUCUACUGACCCAAAAAAUGUCAUACCUCAGAGAGCAAAGUCAGGGGCGGAUACAGGAGUUUUUUUGGGAGGGGUUGCACUCGUCUCUGGCUCUACUUCAACACCAAUAAACCACAUAGUUUUUUUUUUUGCAGAAUACCAGUUGUAUAAGAAAACCGCGGGUCAUCUCAGGAAGGGGGGGGUGCGCACCCCCUGCACCCUCCCCCUAGAUCCGCCCCUGAAAGUAAAUCAUAGAGUUGUAUAAGGCGUUAAGAGCAAGGCCAAUUUACAGUCAGCUCUCUCUCUUAACGGACACGUCUAUAAGACAGACCCCUCGCUACAACGGACAACUAGACCUUGCCUUUCUUUACCCUUUUAUUUGACUCUCUUUAAGAAGGACAUCUCUUUAAGAUGGACACAGUACAGUGCCGGUCCCAAAGGUGUCCGUCUUAUAGAGGGUUGAGUUGUUAACCCUAAUUUAAGCCCCAAUAGUGACCCACAUCGAAUUUCUCCCAACAAUAACACUAAGGACAUCUCUUUAAGAUGGACACAGUACAGUGCCGGUCCCAAAGGUGUCCGUCUUAUAGAGGGUUGAGUUGUUAACCCUAAUUUAAGCCCCAAUAGUGACCCACAUCGAAUUUCUCCCAACAAUAACACUGCUUCAAACAGACAGGUUAUGAGAAUGAAUGAAAUGAUCACCCAAGAUGAAAUGUUGUGAUGUUAGAACAAAUUCUCUCAAGCAGUACCAUAAGUAAUGUAUGAAGAAAAGUGUGGAGAAGAUGCAUGUUGAUGUUAGGGCUUAAAGGGUUAAAAGGAGUAAAGAAAGGCAGGGACCAACUGUAGGUGUCCGUCAAGAGAGAGUUAAAUACAACGUCAAAAAAAACAUAUACAGUCAACUUUCUCUCAGACGGACACCUUUUGGGACCUGCACUAUAUGGCCGUCUUAGAGAGAUGUCCUUCUUUUAGAGGUUUUCGUUAAGAGAGAAUUGACUGUAAGGGAUUUAUUGAUUUUUUUGACAAAUCUCCUUUGGUUUUAUAGUUGUUGUUUGAAGCAAAUAAGAAUGGAGGACCUAUUGCUCUAGACGACAUCAGUUUCACUGAUAACUGCUGA